UUGCUUCAACAGCCCAGUGCGAAGAGGAGAUCUCGAACACAAAAAGCGAUUCUUCCAACGAAACCGUUUCGUACAGAGGUGUCGACAUGAAGGCAAUAAGCCCAGUGAGGUCUUUCCGGAAAAGUAGCGCGAAUGUGAUGGAGCACAGUCUGGGAAUCUCACGGAGCAAGACCCCCGUGGACGAUCCCCUAAGUCUGCUGUACAACAUGAACGACUGCUACUCCAAACUGAAGGAACUGGUGCCGAGUAUACCGCAGAACAAAAACGUGAGCAAAAUGGAAAUCCUGCAACAUGUCAUCGACUAUAUCCUGGACCUGCAGAUCGCACUUGACUCGAAUUCGGCAAUUACCAGCCUGCAUCACCCGCGAGCAGGGCAGGGGACAUCCAGAACACCCCUGACAACACUCAACACAGACAUUAGCAUCCUCUCAUUACAGACGCCCGAGUUUCAAUCAGACUUGAUCACAGAGGACAGCAGGACACUUUACCGUUAAUCAGGUGUUUGGUUAAGACACAUGAACACACAGGACCUGGGAACUGGCUUUUCCUCCAAUUUCUGUUCUCAGUCUGGAGUUUUUUUUUUCUUCUAUCUUUCCUGUAAUUGAAUCAAGAGACUUUUUUUUUUU